CAAGGUCAAUACAUCAAGUAUCCCAAGUUGUAAAAAAAACAUGAUUUUGACAUUUUGAAUCAAUAAACUAGAACGAAAAUAUUUUGUAGAAUUUCUAAAAAAUGUCUUUAGCUAAAAUAUUUUCGGUGUCCGCUCGAGUGCGAGCAUCGAGCGCCGGUGGUAUUGUGGUCCGCCAUGCCCAGUACAGUACCCCAGCGGAGGGUAAAACAGAGAAGGUGUAUCCUCCAAACGUCCCGGGCUACAAAUAUGUGAAUGCUGAGGAUCCAAACAUGACGAUGAAGGAAAUGACGAACAGGGCCGCACAGACACUGUUCUGGACAGAAUUGGCGAGAGGCUUCGCUGUUACUUUAGCCCACAUUUUCAAGGAGCCUGCAACAAUUAAUUACCCGUUCGAGAAGGGACCCCUGUCUCCUAGGUUCCGUGGAGAGCAUGCUUUGCGUCGGUACCCCUCUGGAGAGGAGCGUUGCAUUGCUUGCAAGCUCUGUGAGGCUAUCUGUCCUGCACAGGCUAUUACUAUUGAGGCUGAGGAGCGUAAAGACGGCUCGCGACGGACCACGCGAUAUGACAUUGACAUGACCAAGUGCAUCUACUGUGGGUUCUGUCAGGAAGCGUGCCCCGUCGACGCAAUCGUCGAAGGCCCCAACUUCGAGUUCUCGACAGAAACUCACGAGGAGCUCCUAUACAACAAGGAGAAGUUACUAUCCAACGGCGACAAAUGGGAGAGUGAGAUCGCUUCAAAUAUCAAAGCUGAUCAUCUCUAUCGCUGAAUCAAUUACAUAGUGCAAAUAAAAUUCUGAAUGUUGUUUUACGAUGAAGUUCCAACUCUAUGCUGCGGUAGAUAUUAGCAAUUUUGAUCUGGCAACACUACAUCUCAAGUCUGCAUUUUUACUAGUGUUACUGCUUGUAAAAGUUUUCUUUGUAAAUAAAAUAAAUCAUAUUUAAGGAUACUGUUCUUCUAUAUUCUUGUAGGCGUAAAAUCGGGAAUCGGUCUACAAUCGUAAAACAGUCUUCAGAAGUAGAAAUAAUAAAUUAUUGUUUUGUGAUAAAUAAAUAAUUAUCAUCUCAGUUUACAAA